AUGAAUGUUGCACUGACGCUGGAGACACUUCCAAGUGAAGUAAUGAUUUUGAUUAUGCAGUCAAUUCCAUCUCCGAUAGAUCUCCAAUCCGCUAUCAACGCAUCGCCCGUCAUGUUCCAGCAUUACCUUGCCCACCGUUCGACCAUAAUGGCACCUGCCAUCCAUGGACUGAAAGCCUCGUAUUCACCCAUGGGCUCCGCAAAUCAUAUGACCCUUGUUACAAGAACUCUCCCAUAUCGGUUGCUGGGAAAGCCUGUGGUUCGACAAGAGGCCCGUGAUUUGUGGCGUUUUGGUCUGUUUCCUUCUGAUCUUCCGUGCUACACGAACUGGGGGAAUCACCUACCCUUGAUCUGCGAGCUCUACCGCCAGAGAGAAGAGGCAGAUCAUUUAAUCAUAGAAUAUUCAAAGGAAGCAUGGAAAAGAUUGAUAUUGUGGAAAGCAGAGGUCGAGCCUCUAAGGCCUCCAGCUUCCAAGUGGCACCCCGAUCUUGACAGACCAUUGGUCCUUUCCGAACAAGAGACUUACGCCUUUGAGCGUGGCUUUUUUUUGUAUGAAUCUUGGCGGCUUGUCUCGUAUGUUGAUGAUUACGAUGAGGUAAUUGAUAUCGGUGAACUCACAGAUUAUUAUGUGCGCCCCUGGUACUAUUUUGGUACUGGAAUUCGAGGAUUUCUUGAUAGUAGCUAUUUCUACUCGACGUUAGCGUUUGUCUUUGACAAGUUCAGAACGCUGGUACAACGAGUCUCACACCAGCUCCAGAAAGAUCCCUCCAAGCCUCUGACAUUGCUAAGCCCUGGGGAUAAUCCAACAUCAGUGUUCUUACGCAGGACUGAGGACCGAGAAGUUAGAUACAUUGUGUCUCUUUGCACGCAUGGCUACACCGUGCUGCAGAACUUGCAACAGAUGAAGGAGGAAGAGAUGCAGAACUAUGUGCUCUCAAGCUAUUACGAGUUAGCAAAAUCGAAAGCAAGGUUUCUCGCAUCUCCCGAAGGUCCACUGAAACGCUAUGUUUUCGAGGAAAUAAGUUUCCGACUGAGACAUAUUUUUGGAGAUAUAGGAGGACUGAGUAAUCCCUUGAGCCACGGCUGCUACUUUUGGGACUACAGUCGGGUGUAUCUGGCUAGUGACCGAAGUGUCACUGCAUAA